UUCAACAUGAACCGCUCAGCUGAGCUGUCUCCUUCAGAGGAAAUGGCUCCUGAGGAGUUUGAUGGUGGGACAGUAGUGGCUUGUGUGAUCUUGGGGCUGUCUUUCCUGGUAGGUGCUCCAGGAAACAUCCUGGUGAUCUGGACCAUUCUGAGACACGUCAAGAAGCGUUCCCACACUGUGGUACUCAUCCUGCACCUGGCUGCUGCUGACCUGUUGGUCCUCAUCACCCUGCCACUCUGGAUCUACUCCAUGGCCCACUCCUGGGUGUUUGGAGAGGCCUCCUGCAAAGCCAUGGUGUUCAUGAUCAACGCCUGUAUGUACAGCAGUGUUUUCUUCAUAACUCUGAUGAGUGUGGAACGUUUUGUGGCUGUGCGCUACCCUUUCGCUUCGGCUGACUGGAAAAGGAAAAAAGCUCUGAAUAAAGUAGUGCUGACUCUGUGGACCGCAGCGUUCCUGUUCAGCAUUCCUGUCAUCCCCACUCAGGUUGUAGGUGAGGAUUCUGGUGAGGAGCACUGUCUGUACCGGGAGUAUACCUCUGUGACCCAGGAGCUAGUGUGCCUGCUGUUAGAGACACUGGUGGGCUACAUAUUACCUUUCGCCAUCCUGGUGGUCUGCUAUGCCUGCUUGUGCAGCCGGAUCACAAAGAUGACUUUCAAGUCGAAGCACAAGUCUACUGUCCUCAUUGCCAGCGUUGUGGUCGUGUUUGCCAUUUGUUGGACACCUUAUCACAUAGGAAAUGUCCUCUCACUCAUCAAACUGGCCAUCGAAGACUCCUUCUCUGCUGAAGCACAAACUCUGGAGCAUGUCAGAAGCACCAUGAGCUUCAUCGCUGGAGCCAUGGUGUUCAUCAGCAGCACAGUGAACCCCAUCCUCUACAUGUUUGCAGCUCGAUCCUUCAGGAGCUCCCUGCGCGACACUGGCAUCCAGAAGCUCUUCCGACACAUCUCCAGCACGUCCCCCGGCGAGGGCACCAGAGAAGUGUCCUUUGUUACGAAGAGACACAGCAAUCAGACCAACAGCUCUAACUGUGUUUUGGAAUCUAAGGACCAAAUGGACAUAUUAAUAAAAAUGUGUGAAAACAAUACUCCUGAUGUGUAGAUAUUUGUAUGCACUAUGUAUGUACUUUGGAAAAAAAGUAACAUUUACAAUUCAGAUUAAUAGGAUGUCAGUUUGUCUGCACAAUACUUGUCCCACUCUGUCUUGUGUGUCUGUAAUUUACACACAUGUAUUAUAUAUAUAUAUAUAUAUACUAUAAUGUAGGUACUUACAUUUAUACCAUUUAAUGUUGAAUU